UUCGCCAAAGUCGAAGCAAGUUUCACCUUUUUGUUUUUCUUCAGACCGAAACUCUGAAUCAUAAUUUAGAGUGGAAAAAUCCCCUAACUAAAGUCCCUUAACAUGGCACCUGCCACAAACGCAACGACGGGCAGUGAGGCUUGGAAUACAACGACCACUGCUCCAUGGAAUAACACGACUUAUGCAGCAUGGAAUUUCACGACCACCACUCCCUACCCCGUCUUCCUUCCAGAUGAAGGGGGAGUCUACUAUUGGUCCUGGUACUCGGGCUAUGUUCUCUAUGUUCUGUUGAUCCUCAUGUUUAUCGUUGCCCUGCCAUUGGCUGCUGUCAUGGCCGCCAAACGCAAGCGGGAGGCAGCUGCCAGGAGUCUCGCCCUGCAGAGACAACGAGCUCGUCGCCAAAUGGAGAUCAAUGUGACAAGCAACUGCACCGGUGGUGGCUCCUCCGGCGGAGUCAGCAACGUGUGCCUAAAUACCCAGGACGAGAUCAGUGUGCUGCCCAAGACCUUGGAUCUUCCACCCAGCUACGAUGAGGCAGCUUUCAGCGAACAAAAGCAGGGCAGCACCCUGACCAUAGCCACCACCUUGGAGGCCAGCAACCCAAAUCUGGCGGUCGGGAUCAACGAGCCGCCGCCAGUCUAUGAGGCAAACAUGGCCACUAGCACAACCACGACCACCACCACCACCACGUUCUUGGUCAAUGGCCAUCCACCGGUGAUGUAACUCAGUAUAGCGAGUCGAGGAAUACAACAAAAAUAAUUAGUUUAUUCAUUAAGAAAAAGUGUACAGUUCAGUUUAUGUAUGUAUUUAAACUUUGCGCUUAAGAGAACCGAUUGAGGAGCUCAGGACCAACAUAAAAACUUCUUCAAAACAUUAAAUAAAAGGUUAACCGAACCAUUCUGAGGUUCUGGAAGCAA